AGAUAUUUGCCUUGGGCAAAAUAAACUGGUUUAUUGACAAAUCAAAGACCCUGGUGGCGUUUAAAAAACAGUUUGUCAGAGUAGGCUACUGACAUUGUUUUUUAUUGGACGAAACGAAGCUAAUUGUAUUCCGUGGCCUGUAUCACGGAAUACUGGGUGUGAUGAUCUCCUCAAAUAGCAGGCUGGUGAUCCUGCAUGAUGCUCUGCUAUUUCUAAUGGGAUGCCCCGGUUGAUUUAACACAACGUUGGAACAUUACGGACAUCAUCGUUGAAAAUUAGCAAUGGUCCGGUAACCGUUUUAUAAUGUUCACGCUUUCCAGAAUAUUUAAUCACAUUUCACUUGUGAGAACAUCCAGCACUCGCCGGCUUGACAGCCACGGAUACACUAGCGACCUUACCUGGGUGACCCGGAGCAAAUCCUUUUUGUAACGGCCAUCUCGUACAUCUCGGUUCAGAUUUACAUCAACGUAGAAACAGCCGGACAAAUACAAGCUCUCAAAGCCUGGUUUUGGUCCGGUCCUCGUUCUCUGUCUCUGGCUCUACAGACUCUCUCAGCCCGCUGAUGGAGGACGGAGGAGCGUCUUCCAGGAAAUUACGUCAUGACAGUGCCAGCUGUGCCGCUGCAGUGGCGGGAGAUCUGCGGUAGCAACAUGGACGUACAGAUGACAGACACGGAGACUGAACCAAUACAGACAAACGUCGAGCCGAAAAAAGAUGAAGAAGUGCAAGCUAAAGGGUCCACCAGCGCGUAUGAGCUGCCAUGGGUUGAAAAAUACAGACCGCUAAAGUUGAACGAGAUUGUUGGCAACGAAGAUACAGUCAGCAGACUGGCGGUAUUUGCAAGAGAAGGAAAUGUACCCAACAUCAUUAUUGCUGGUCCACCUGGCACAGGUAAGACCACCAGUAUCCUUUGUCUAGCCAGGGCUCUCCUCGGGUCGUCCAUGAAGGAUGCCGUCUUAGAGCUGAACGCCUCUAAUGACAGAGGUAUCGAUGUGGUCAGGAACAAAAUCAAGAUGUUCGCUCAACAGAAAGUCACACUCCCGAAAGGGCGACACAAGAUCGUCAUUCUCGAUGAGGCAGACAGUAUGACAGAUGGGGCGCAGCAAGCCCUCAGAAGGACCAUGGAGAUCUACUCCAAGACCACCCGCUUCGCCCUGGCCUGCAACGCCUCCGACAAGAUCAUUGAGCCCAUCCAGUCUCGCUGUGCCGUGCUGCGCUACAGCAAGCUGAGGGACGAGCAGAUCAUGGCCCGGCUGCUGGACGUGGUGGAGAAGGAGGCUCUGCUGACCACCGAUGACGGCCUGGAGGCCAUCAUCUUCACCGCCCAGGGGGACAUGAGACAGGCCCUUAACAACCUGCAGUCCACCAACUCUGGGUUUGGCUUCAUCAACAGUGAAAAUGUCUUCAAGGUGUGUGAUGAACCACACCCCCUGCUGGUGAAGAGCAUGCUGGAGCAUUGUGUCAACGCCAACAUUGAAGAGGCGUACAAGAUCAUAGAGCAGCUGUGGGCAUUGGGCUACUCUCCUGAAGACAUCAUUGGGAACAUCUUCAGGGUGUGCAAGACCUUCCAGAUGGCCGAGUACCUGAAGCUGGAGUUCAUCAAGGAGAUCGGCUACACCCACAUGAAGGUGGCUGAGGGGGUCAACUCCCUCCUGCAGAUGGCUGGGCUGCUGGGACGCCUGUGUAGCAAGACCAUGCCUCCUGCUGCCAGCUAACCCUAGCCCCAUCUACCCCUAACACCCCCAUCUACCCUCCCACACGCCUACCACCCCCCUGCUUACCCCCUCCUCCCCCCCCCCCCCCCCCGUUCUACCUUAAUAUCUAGAUUAUUCUAAACCCCAAUCCCCUUCAUGAAAAUAUCUGUAAUAAAUGGCCUUUUCUAUA